CAAACUCUGUACUCUCCGUCUCCAUCUCCAAACUCUUUCUUCACUUCCAAAACUCUCAACAAAAAAUGGAGAGUUUUGCUCUUUCUUCUCUCUCCACUUCCUUCUCUCUCCCCACUCGCUCUUCUUUCCUUCACCACCGUUUCCGUUUCCACCACCACCACCCCAUCUCCAAAUCCUCACCGUCCAUCUCCACUCCUCACUCCAUCCCCACCCUCCGAUCCUCCUCUCUCUUCUCUCCAAUCAAGCCCACCCCAAACUCCUCCCUCUUCAAACCCCGUUUCCUCCCUCCAAUCCACUCCUCCUCCUCCUCCACAAAGUCCCCAAACCACCCUCCCCCAUCUCCACAAAUUACACAAUCAGCCAAACCAAUCCCACUAAUUCUCUCAAUCUCAAUUGGCUUAAUCGUCCGAUUCCUCAUUCCCAAGCCCCCCGAAGUGACCCCACAAGCCUGGCAACUCCUCUCAAUCUUCGUCUCCACCAUCGCCGGCCUCGUCCUCAGCCCAUUACCCGUCGGCGCGUGGGCUUUCUUGGGCCUCACAGUCACCGUCCUCACCAAAACUCUCUCCUUCGCCACCGCCUUCUCCGCCUUCACCAACGAAGUCAUCUGGCUCAUAGUCAUCUCAUUUUUCUUCGCCCGCGGCUUCGUCAAGACCGGGUUAGGCAACAGGAUCGCCACUUAUUUCGUCAAGUGGCUGGGCCGCAGCACCUUAGGACUGUCCUACGGAUUGACCAUAAGCGAAGCCCUCAUCGCACCGGCUAUGCCCAGCACCACCGCGAGGGCCGGCGGCGUGUUUUUGCCCAUAAUUCAGUCGCUCUCGCUCUCUGCCGGGAGCAAACCCGGCGACCCAUCUGCCAAAAAGCUCGGUUCUUAUCUUGUUCAGUCUCAGUUUCAGUCUGCUGCUAGCUCUAGUGCUCUUUUCCUGACUGCUGCAGCUCAAAACCUGCUCUGCCUCAAAUUGGCUGAGGAACUUGGGGUGAUAGUUUCAAGCCCUUGGGUUACUUGGUUCAAAGCUGCUAGUUUACCAGCAAUUGCCUGUCUUUUAGCUACUCCUCUAGUCUUAUACAAGUUAUAUCCUCCUGAAACCAAAGACACACCAGAUGCACCUGCCAUGGCUGCAAAGAAAUUGGAGCAUAUGGGUCCUGUUACAAGAAAUGAGUGGGUGAUGGUCGGUACAAUGCUCUUUGCAGUCUCUUUGUGGGUCUUUGGUGAUGCUCUUGGUAUAGCAAGUGCUGUAACUGCAAUGACAGGCUUAUCCAUUCUCCUUUUGUUGGGAGUCCUUGAUUGGGAUGACUGCUUAAGUGAAAAAUCUGCAUGGGAUACCUUGGCUUGGUUUGCUGUUCUAGUGGGUAUGGCAGGCCAAUUGACGAACCUUGGUAUUGUGACCUGGAUGUCUGAUUGUGUCGCCAAAUCGCUUCAAUCUUUCUCUUUGAGUUGGCCAGCUGCAUUUGGUGUUCUUCAGGCUUCUUACUUCCUCAUCCACUACCUCUUUGCAAGUCAAACAGGUCAUGUUGGAGCUUUGUACUCUGCAUUCCUUGCUAUGCAGUUGGCUGCUGGGGUUCCUGGCGUGUUAGCAGCUCUGGCUUUAGCAUACAAUACAAAUCUUUUCGGUGCCAUAACACAUUAUAGCAGUGGUCAGGCUGCUGUAUACUUUGGAGCUGGUUAUGUAGACCUUCCCGAUGUAUUCAAAGUGGGAUUCAUAAUGGCUGUUAUCAAUACUAUCAUCUGGGGAGUAAUUGGAGCUUUUUGGUGGAAAUUUUUGGGCCUCUAUUGAUUUUUAAUUUCAAUGUAAGUAAAUGGCCUUCCCUGUUGUACGUUUUCCUCCUAGAGGACAUUGUUGAGCUCAUAAUUUUAUCUCAGAGAAAAUUUUCAUUUUUAGCUGUUAUCUUUAAUAGCUUUAGCUCUGUUUUACCAUUGCAUUAGUGAAACAAAGCUCAUUGAAAUAUGAUUCUUUUUAGAGUGGAAAUCAAAAUUAACGAUUUGUAUCAA